AUGGGAUCAGGAAUCCCGGCCCCGCUGCUGCUCCUGGCGCUCUCCGCGCUCCAUCCCAUAAUAGGGAAGCUCCGGGAGCCGCUGCUGAUCCUGGAGGGGCCGGAACCGGGCGGGAUCCGGCUCCGGUGCCUCCCGGAGCCUCUUCCCGAUGUCCGCGUGCUCUGGAGCGCCGGGAGCGGCCGGAACGGGUCGGGAAUUCCGGAGCCCGGCGGGAAUUCCGGGAUCUCGCUGCUGCUCCGGCCGGGGCUCGGCAACGCCGCCGCCUGCCGCGCCCUGCGCCGGGGAGCGGCCGCCGAGUCCGCCGUGCUCAUCGCCGGUGAGGCGUCGGGAAAGCGGGAAUUCUGCGCGGAAUGGGAAAAGCCGGGGUUGGAUGGGGUUGUCCGGGGUUUUUUUUUUGGGAUUUUUCGGGGAUUUCUGCGGUUCGGGAAGGUCCCAAAUUGGGCGGGAUGGUUUUCUGUGGGAUCGGGGAGGAGUCGGGAUGGGAUUCCCGAUGUUUUCUUCCCGUCGCCGUCCCCGUGGCUCCCGGCCUUCAUCCUGCUCCUCCUCCUCGCUCUGUGCCUGGCGCUGGCCGCCGCCCUCCGCCUGCGGAAAUCCCAUCAGGAAAUCAGCGAGGAGACCGAGGAGCUCCGGAUGGAGCUGGAGGAGGUGACGGGAAAAUCCCAGAGGGAGAAAAUGGAGAUGGAGACGAGACUCGAGCAGAUCCAGGCGCAGCUCGAUUUCCGACGGGCUCAGAGCCACGCAGUCUCGCUGUCGCUGGACGAGUGCUGCACGCCCCCGGCGCUGCUGAUCCGGGGCCCAUCCCAGAUCCUUGGCCCCGAUCCCGGAUCCCGGCCCCACCCCCAGGCCCUGGCCGUGGCGCAGGAGGGAUUUUCCUGCGGGAAGCACUACUGGGAAGUGGAGCUGGGAGACGGCAGCGCCUGGGAGCUGGGCGUGCUCCGCGAGGAGGUCCGGGAUUCCCUGCGGGAUUCCCUGCGGGAUCCCAUCCCGAAUUCCACCCCGGAUUCCCUGCAGGAUUCCACCCUGGAUCCCAUCCUGAAUUCCAUCUCAAAUUCCAUUCUGGAUUCCAUCCCAAACUCCACCCCAAAGUCCAUCCUAGAUCCCAUCCCGGAUUCCCUGCGGGAUCCCAUCCCAGAUCCCAUCCCGGAUUCCCUUCAGGAUUCCAUCCCGGAUCCCAUCCUGAAUUCCAUCCCAGAUCCCACCCUGGAUCCCAUCCCGAAUUCCAUCAUGGAUCCCAUCCCGGAUCCUAUCCCAAAUUCCAUCCCGGAUCCCAUCCCAAAUUCCAUCCUGGAUCCCAUCCCAAAUUCCAUCAUGGAUCCCAUCCCGGAUCCUAUCCCAAAUUCCAUCCCGGAUCCCAUCCUGGAUCCCAUCCCAAAUUCCAUGCCGGAUCCUAUCCCAAAUUCCAUCCAGGAUCCCAUCCCGAAUUCCAUCCUGGAUCCCAUCCCGGAUCCUAUCCCAAAUCCCAUCCCGGAUCCCAUCAUGGAUCCCAUCCCGGAUCCUAUCCCAAAUUCCAUCCCGGAUCCCAUCCCAAAUCCCAUCCCGAAUUCCAUCACAGAUCCCAUCCCGGAUCCCAUCCCAAAUCCCAUCCCGAAUUCCAUCCCGGAUCCCCUGCGGGAUGAUUCCGUGGGGGAUGAUUCCCUCCCCUCCAUCCCGGAGGAGGCGGCACCAGGGCUGCAGUAUUCCCAGGGAGAAUUCCGGCUGCCAGGGGGGAAGCUGGAGAGGAAUUUCGGGCGUUGCCGCGUGCUCGGGGUGCUGCUGGACCAGGAGCGGCGCGUGCUCGAGUUCUUCGACGCCGAGGAGAAGCAGCUCCUGGGAUCCCUUCCCUUGAAAAUUUCUGGGAAUCUUUUCCCGUUCUUCAGGCCAGGAUCUGGUGGGAAUAGCCUGGGGAUCCGCCCUGAGGCGGCACCAGGGCUGCAGUAUUCCCAGGGAGAAUUCCGGCUGCCAGGGGGGAAGCUGGAGAGGAAUUUCGGGCGUUGCCGCGUGCUCGGGGUGCUGCUGGACCAGGAGCGGCGCGUGCUCGAGUUCUUCGACGCCGAGGAGAAGCAGCUCCUGGGAUCCCUUCCCUUGAAAAUUUCUGGGAAUCUUUUCCCGUUCUUCAGGCCAGGAUCUGGUGGGAAUAGCCUGGGGAUCCGCCCUCCCGCUCCGGAGGUUUCUCCGCCCCCUCCCGCAGGGGCGGCCCGCGGUCUCUUUUUCCUGGCGGAGGGAGCGGGGCGGAGCGUCCCGGGCGGUCCCAUGGUGUAA